AUGCCCAACGUAACGGUGUUACCAGUGGUGGAGCCUUCGGACACCAGCUGGAAUUCACCGUACAGUGUCCCAGUACAAGUGAGAUCUUUUCCCUCUUUUCGUAAUAAGGAAGUUGAAUCGAAUCACAAAAGUUACGCAGCGAAUUUCCGUUCAUGUGAGGGUGAUUCCAGGUGGUGGUGUGGCUAGUCAUAAUCGUGUUGAGCUUGGAGACUAUCAUCGGAAAUGCGAUGGUCAUUGUCGCCUACCGGAUUGAGAGGAAUAUCAGUAAACAGGUGCGCGAGACUGGGGAAGGAAAUGAGAAAUGCGGACGAAUGGUUCGUUUUGUAGGUCAGCAACCGCUAUAUUGUCUCGUUGGCCAUUUCCGAUUUGAUCAUUGGCAUAGAAGGAUUUCCGUUCUUCACCGUCUACGUGCUUAACGGUAUGUGAUUCUGAUUCCGAUGAGUCAAUUAUAUUUUGAUCAAUGUUCAGGGGAACGGUGGCCUUUGGGCUGGGUGGCCUGUCAGACGUGGCUUUUCCUAGAUUACACCCUUUGUCUAGUGUCCAUUCUGACAGUACUGCUAAUCACCGCCGACAGAUACCUUUCUGGUAAACUUUUCAUCUAAAACAAUCACUUGGAAAUGACGUUUUCAGUGUGUCACACUGCCAAAUACUUGAAAUGGCAAAGUCCGACAAAAACGCAACUUUUGAUCGUCAUGUCGUGGCUCUUACCCGCAAUUAUAUUCGGUAUUAUGAUAUAUGGAUGGCAGGCGAUGACGGGCCAAUCCACGAGGUACGUUGAAAAGAGAUUUUCAAUCAAAACACACUUUUUUCCAGCAUGUCGGGAACUGAAUGCUCAGCGCCGUUCCUGAGCAAUCCGUAUGUGAACAUGGGAAUGUACGUUGCUUACUACUGGACAACACUUGUAGCCAUGCUCAUUCUAUACAAGGUUUUUUUCCUCAUUUCGCACACUAGAACAUAAUCUGUUAUGUGUGCUUUCAGGGUAUUCACCAAGCUGCCAAAAAUCUCGAAAAGAAAGCUAAAGCGAAAGAGCGAAGACAUAUUGCGCUGAUUCUGAGUCAGCGACUGGGAACUCAGGUGGGAGAAAGAAAACAAUACGUGGGUCAUGUCAGAAAUUAUGUGUUUGUAGGUCGGUGUCUCUCUGAUGCUCCAGUCAAAAGCGGAGAAGGAAAAAGCCGAGGAAGCGCAGAAAGAUAGUGGCUACACCAGCAAUCAGGCAGGGGUAAGUUUUAUGUUUAGAAGACUUCACUUUUUGGUUUCACUUUUCCGAAUUCAUGAUUCUUUCCACCACCUUCCACCAGAUUUCACAUUUUCGACCACAUUUUGCCUUUAACCUUUGCCGCAUGUUAGGUUCUUUCGCCAUAUUUUCCAUUUCAUUCAGGAUGCCAAUAGCCAACGGCGUUUCGGGUUUUCCGAGCCAGAAACAAGCCAGUUUCGAGUUGAUCCCAACUCACAAAACAAACUUAAUGUAGAGGUAAACUCGCAUGUGACUUCCUCCUGUUCGAUUCGAUGGAUUGACUAAUAACGAAUGGCUUUCUUAAUAACCAACACCUUUUCCGAUUCUUUUUCUGCAUGUUUUGUCUUUUUUGCCUCAAAAACAGAUACGCAUAAACUAACUGACUGUAGUACUUGAAGUAUUUUCCGUUGAAGUUUCGGUAUGAGUAAACUCGCCCUUACUAAACCUUUUACAGUUCUCCUCAACACGGCUUUUUGUAUUUAGAACGUACUUCCAUAAGAAUACGAAAAAGUGCUAAUGUAUGCUCAUUUUUUCUGAUUUUAGGGCUCGAUGAACACCGACAAUGAUCAAAACCUCGGAGUCAUUGAAGAAGAAAGAAGUGGAUUUCUCUCGCGAAGGUAAAAAGGAAAAAGCAUAGCGCAUGAAAGAAGGGGGAAGUCUAUGUUUUUGUUGUUUUUGCAGAGAAAGCAACGAGAGUUAUUACCCGGGACCACAUCCGACGGCGGCCAACUCGAGGCGAUGUAGUGAAAUGGAAAGAGUUUCUCUUCUGAGUGACAGUGAUGGUGUGCCGAGUGCCAGGGUGCCAGUGAGAUCCUACGGGAGACUCUCGCUCAGGUAUCUCAACACUUUGAUCUUCAACUUUUCGAUCCUUUGAUUGUAGGUCUCGAUAUAGCGCUUCUGAUAGUAUCACCACGACUCACGAGGAUGAGAAGGAGAUUGAAAAGGCCGAUAGUCUGCGGAAGCUUUUCGCCGACGACGAGCUGAACUCGGUUCUUAAUUUCAAAGAUGAGAAACUCAAAAAUACGGAUUCAAACAACGAUAGUGACACCACGUCUGUGAUAUUGCAAAGGAGUAGGAAAUAUAAAAAAGUGCGCGUUUCAAUUUCGGGAUUUCUCGAAUUUCACGUUAUGUUCAGAACAAGAGACCACGCUCGAGUCGUCGUUCACAACACUCUACUCCAAGGCAGAUUGCUAAAGUGAAGCAGCCGGAGGGGACCACGACGAUUGCCAUUGAGGAGCCGACUCCGGAAGAAGAGCACGCGGAGGCGAUAGAGGUGAAACGGACCGAUCGAUGGGUUGUUUCGAUGAAAAAGAGGAUCGCAAGAGCUUUGAUCCGUAGGCGGAGCACGCGGAGGGAACAAGGAAGUAGUAGCAAUAGCGAGUAAGUUUUACGCAACUUGUUAUCAUUCAUAAGUGGUUCACAUUGUUGCGAAACCAGCCAAACAUCACCACGUAACUUCCUAUUCUUCUUCUUUUUCUACUUCUUCUAAAUAUCAAAAAUCAACUGAUAACUCAUGAUCGCAGCUCGAAUUGAAUCGUUGUGCAUAAAGCCGGUCCGUGAAUCACACACCUUCUAAUGUAAUCACUCAAAACUUCUUCUUCUUCUUCUUCUCUAAAACAAUUUCCUGUUGAGCAUGACCAAUAACAUGUCGUCCCUUUUUCUUUCAGUGAUUCUUCUUCUGACGUCGAAGGCGAUGAAAAGCCUGAAAACGGUAACAACAGUCUCAAAUCACCACAAUUAACCGCGAACAACAAAGAUGAUCGCGGCGAAAGCUCUGCACAGCCUGACCGAGAUCGUCUUGCACCGGCCAACAAAACUGACACUUUCUUGAGCGCCUCAGGGUAGGUUUAGUAGGCCUAAAAAGCAUGUGCAAACAUUCAUUCUCUCGUAGCACACCCAUUUGUUCGAUGAUUUUUCGUAGACUUAUAACCCCCCUCACUUUGGUUGGUAGUAGAGUUUUGGAGUCGUCAUAUUGUAGAGUCUCCAGAAAAAUUUCGACAAUCUCGACGGUCAUCACAAGGGAGAAGGUGAUCUCAUCGAUUUUCGCACCCAUCGCUGUAUUCAACCGUGGAAGGAAACAGACGAAAGCCGAGAAAAGAGCUCAUAAAGCGUUCAGGUUUCAGAUCUUGUGUUGACCGGUCAAAAUCAUCAAGUCAUAUUUCAGAACAAUCACAUUCAUCGUCGGAUUUUUCGCGAUUCUCUGGUCACCCUAUUACAUCAUGGUAAAAAAGACAGAGAGUGAAAUUAUUUUAAAUGUUAUGGACAAUUGCAGGCCACUGUGUAUGGCUUCUGUAAAGGAGAGUGCAUCCCAUCGUUCCUCUACACUCUCUCCUACUACAUGUGCUACUUGAACAGCAGUGGAAAUCCGUUCGCCUACGCACUUGCCAACCGACAAUUCCGUUCAGCGUUCAUGCGAAUGUUCCGCGGAAAUUUUAACAAAGUCGCUUAG